UCCUCCUCCGCGCACCACUGCUAUUCACUCACUCUACGAAGUUUGCGACCUUUCACUUCGACAGCUCCGGUUUUGUCCGAAGGCAUCGAAGCAUAAGGAAAAGACAGGAGACACAUGGGUUUCCUUGUCGCCGCCAAGAUUUGCUGUCCGAGUAACACUUCCAGAUUGGUCCAUGAAGAUGCAAAAUCUAAUUUUGAACAUCAAAGGCUUCGAGGAAGGUGUCCUGGCUCUGUUCAGUGUCACGAUUCUCUGCACGCUCGUCGUCGUCGUGGUUUCUUGAACUGCGUUGGCGCUUCGUGUAUGGUCAUGGUCGGUUUCAGAGAUGGAAUAUCAGCAUUCCCUGCCAUGGCAGAGGAUGGAAGUAGCAGGAAGGAGGAAGGAGAGGGACAAGGAAUAGUGGGUGCGUUCAAGACGCUAUUCGAUCCUGACGAGAAGACAAAGUCCGGGAAAGUGCUUCCAAAGGCUUACUUGAAGUCUGCAAGAGAGGUUGUGAAGACACUCCGCGAGUCUCUGAAGGAAGAUCCUUCAGACAUGGCAAAGUUUAGGAGAACGGCGGACGCUGCAAAGGAAUCAAUCCGAGAUUAUCUGAGCAAUUGGAGAGGCCAAGAGAGAGUCGCCCUCGAAGAAUCAUAUGCAGAGCUAGAGAAAGUGAUCCGAGCUUUGGCAACGUUUUACUCGAAGGCAGGCCCUUCUGCGCCUCUUCCGGAGGAAGUCAAGUCCGAGAUAUUGGAUGAUCUUUCACGAGCUGAAGAGUCCUUGUGAAAACAUUCGGAUCAGAUCUUCUGGAGACGGAUUCAGCCUCUGAAUUCGGUAUCUGGAUAUUGCAGGGAAUGAACAGCUUCAAGUACAUGGCAAUGUUUGCUCUAGAGUUUAUGGUUACAUAUGAUUUGCCUGUCCAUUUUCAUUUUGCAGCAGAAGAAACUUUGAUGUGUUCUAUAUGUAGCCAUUCCCAUCACAUUCUUUGAAUUCAUUCCUUGUAUUUCGAAAACAAUUGAAGAAAAAGUGCAUUUCUGUUU